AUGCAUCCUAUGACUUAAGGUUUUCCGUCAAGUUUCAGGAUACAGCAUGCGUGAUAUAUUAUUAAACUAUAAAACCUUUACCUGUGUAUUGACAAAAAUUCUCAUUUAAAGUAUACUACAAUCAUGUUCUUGUACGUUUUCCUUACCGAUGUUGAUUUAUAACUAUUUUUAUUUGCUUUAAAAACUCAAGAGUAAAUUUAAAAGAUUUUCAGAGGACAAAUAUUUCUAAUUUGGAAGUCUUAUAACUUUCUGAUUAGAAUUCCGCUUGAAAAUGGAUAACAAAGGACUUGAAGAAUUAAAUAAUGAAGAGGCGAAGCAAUACAUUGGUGGAAUUAUAUUUGUUACAAUUAUCAUGAUCAUCGGAGUAAUUGGCAACCUGCACGUGCUUUUUGUCUAUACAUUCCGAAUGAAACCUUCAAAUCAUCGAAUAUUCAUCUUAUCAUUAGCUGUCUUAGAUAUGAUAACAUGUAUCAUCGGUAUGCCUUUCAUUAUUGUUGAUCUGAGAAAUCCGUUGACAUUCACGAUGAAAUCAGCCUGCAAAGUCCUACGAUUCGUCAACUAUUUCAUCUGUAUAUCAUCAGCCUUAAUCUUAACGAUUAUUGCUAUAGAUAGAUAUCGUAAGAUAUGCGUUCCUCUUGGAAAGCAGAUUUCAAGACAAAAAGCAAAAAUUCUUAUUGUAGUUUGCAUUGGCAUAUCAUUAGUUCUAUCUUGGCCGGCGCCAGUAUUGUAUGGACAUAGUUCUGUCAACACGACUAAUCCUAACAUUACAGGAAUCCGUUGCUAUACGGAUGACAAGUUCAAAAACUCAAAAUAUCAAUCUUAUUUUAAUGCUGUAUUGAUUAUGCUUGUCUUUGGCUUCCUUGCAGUGUUAGUGGUAAUUUAUUGCCGUAUUGGUAGAGUAGUUUCAAAACAUAAUACUUUUAAAAGUUCUGUCCCAAAAGCAACAAGUUCAGACAUUUCAAAGGGCAAAAUAACAGUUUCGACGGACUUGAGUUCUGAAAACAAAGCCUCGAAACAUUCAAAAGAAGGAAAAAUGAUGAACAACAUAAACUGUAUAAAUAACAAAGGAAUAACAGUGCCUUGUACAGAUUCUGUUAUGAGUGCCAAUUUAGAGCAAAAUCAUACCAAAAAGAAACAGCAUGGAAAAUCAAAGUUUAAUCGCGCUAAACGAACGACUUUUAUGUUUUUCCUAAUAACAUCUUUUUUCUUCAUUAGUUACACUCCUCAUCUUAUUCUAAAGAUAUUAGCAUUUGUAAAGACGGGGUUUGUUACUAAUAUGUCAUUUACUGGUCAAGUUUUCUACAAUACUUUUGUUUGGUGUUUCUUUAUCAAUAACAUGGCAAAUUGUUUCAUUUAUGGAUUUUGUGACGUUCGAUUUAGAACAGAGGUAAAGAACUUGUACAAUACAAUUCUUUGUAGGAAUAUUGAAAAGGUUUGAACUUUAUCCUGCAGAGUAUUUAAAUUUUUUUAUCGAGUUUAUAAUUAUAUAAGUUGAUAAAGAAACAUUCAUUAAAACAGUUAUAGAAUUGACACUUGGUAUCUUGUUCAAUUAAAACAGUUAUAAGAUUGACACUUGGUCUCUUAUUCAAUUAAAACAGUUAUAAAAUUGACACUUGGUCUCUUAUUCAAUUAAAACAGUUAUAAAAUUGACACUUGGUCUCUUAUUCAAUUAAAACAGUUAUAAAAUUGACAC